AUGUCUCGAGCGGAUUAUCUAUCUAAAUACCUUAAUUCAUCUUCACAGGAAGAUAACAACAACAAGAAGCAAAAGAAGAAGAAGAAAUCCAAAAAGCAUGAAAUUUCAACUCUUGAAUCAAACAUUAUAGUUGAAAAACCAGACUAUCACCAACUAGAAGACAAUGGAAAUGAAGAAAUACUAGAAGAUAUCGAAUCAUCUGAAUACAAUGAACAUAUGCCUGUGAAAGUAGAUAUACCGACAAAGAAAAUCAAUAGAGGGUUUAAGAGAAUAGAUACUGGAACAACAGUUGAUUCAUCAUUAACACACCCUUCCAAAGAACAGAAAGUACAACAGGAAACAGUAUAUCGAGAUUCUUCAGGUAGGAUUAUUGAUAUUGAAGCAAGAAAAGCACAAUUUGAAGCUGAUAAAUUACAACAAGAAGAAUCAAAGAAGGUUACUGAAAUUAGAUCUACACCAGAAGAACAGAUACGACAAGAGAAACAAUCAUUUAAACAAAAACUUUCAAAUUUUGAAGAUCCAUUACUUUCAUUCCAAGACGAGAAGAAAGAAGUUUUUGAAGAUGCUAACUUUUCUAAGUUUGUAUAUAACAAAGGUAUUAAUCCACCAAAUAGGUUUGGAAUCCCUGCUGGAUAUUUCUGGGAUGGAAUUGAUCGAUCUAAUGGAUUUGAAGAAUUGAUGAUGAGAAAACAAACUGAAACAAGUUUUAAGAAAUUGGAUUCUUCAAUUAAUGAAACUUAUGAACUUGAUUAUGACUAG